AUGUCGGACGACGAGAACAGUGGCGAAUGCAAACUACUAGGCCCUUUCGCUAUACUGGUGCAAGGAGCACUGGGCGCUCUGGCUCUGUUAUCCUUGGUUUUCAAGAGAUGGAGAGAAAGGCCGCAGCGACCUCUCAAGGUCUGGUCUUUUGACGUGUCGAAACAAGUCGUCGGGUCGAUCCUGCUCCAUCUGCUGAACCUCCUCAUGUCCAUGUUCUCUUCAGGCCAGAUAGGAGAGAGUGUCGUGAAUGCAGCAGCAAGUACACUCGGGUCCGACGCAACCGCGGAGUACACACCAAAUCCGUGCUCAUUUUACCUGCUCAAUUUGGCCAUUGACACGACCAUCGGGAUACCCAUCCUCAUUGGCAUACUCAAGAUUCUCACCGUCGGAGCACGAUAUACACCUCUCGCGAACCCUCCGGAAUCGAUUGAGUCUGGGCACUAUGACACGCCACCGAAGGCCACCUGGUGGGCCAAGCAAUGCCUCCUCUACUUUUUAGGGUUAAUUGGCAUGAAGAUCUGUGUGUUUGCCAUUUUCCAACUUUGCCCUUGGCUAGGACGUGUCGGUGAUUGGGCGCUUCGCUGGACGGAGGGCAACGAGGCGGUUCAGAUUGCAUUUGUCAUGUUUAUAUUUCCCUUGAUCAUGAACGCGGCACAGUACUAUAUCAUCGACACAUUCAUCAAACAGAAGAAGGGGCCACACAUCGACGGAGAAGAAGAGGCAGAGGGUGAAAGAAGUGAAGAAAAUGGCUCUUUGCUGCCAGAGCCGGGUCCUGACCAUGGCUGCUCAUUGAACGAGGAUGAAGUCUGCAAAGCCAAAAGCUCGUCAUCCAGCCAGCUCGAGAGGAUCAUUUCAUACGACCCCGACAAGGACGGAGAAGUUGUUGUGAGCGAACAACCGGGCGAAAGCAGUAGCCUGACAGCUCACGCAGCGGAAGAAGGUUUGGAAGAUCGGCCUCGGAUAUGA